AUGGCAGAGCUUCCAUCGCUGGUACGCGUCAAGCGCAAACGCGGCGAAGAGCCCACGGCCGACUUGUUUCUGGAAGAACGCACCUUGAAGAAGCAGCAAGUGUGGCAGUUCCGUCUGCAGCAGGCACACCCCUCGCAGCUGCCAUCUGACACGCCACGAGGCGGUGUGUCUGAACAAGCCCUUCCGACCAACGCCCUGGACGACUCCCACCAACUCCAGCAGCAGCUCCACCAACAACUCCACCAAGACGCCCUGGUCCGUCGCGAGUUCCGCCUUGCCCGCCCGACUCGCCCCCUCCACAGGCGCAUUGAAUCUGUCAGGAAACGCAAAGCCCAAUUGGACCACGACGACAUCCCCACCUUCGUCGAAGCCACCCCCAAGCGUCGCCGGGUCGGUCAAGAAGAUGCUCCCCAAGCCGUUACACACACCCCCGUGUCCACGCCCACUACACUCAAGCGACCCGGCGCAAGCUCCAGGCUCAAGAAACAAACUGCCGAAGCCCUCUUCCAAAGCCCAGCAAACCCACCUCCGGACCGUCUGGCUGAUGCUCUCCACCGUUUCGCUCUGGAGGAGGAGGCUCGGGAAGAAGCCCGCAUAAAGCCAAAGGUCACCUCGAUCCCCAAGAAGCCUGUUCAAAGAUAUCGCGAACGUCAUCCUGAGCAGUUUGUUGCUCAGCCGCAGAAAGCCCACAAGACAGAAGAAGAUGUUGACAUGAUGAGCGAUGACGAUGAUUAUGUCUACGAUACAUAUAUCCGCACAAAAGACCCUGUGGUCCCUGCAAACCUCGAGUCCGAAGAUUCCUCCAAUAUCCAGGUUGGGUACAUCGUCAUCUCUGAAGAAGACCAGCCCUUGUGGGAGACAUACUUCGAAGACGACGUCGAGAGCGACAAAGAAUUCGAGACCGAUGACGAGGACGAAAAUGCCGAAGGUUACUAUGCCGCAGAUUAUCCAGAGGAUGAAGUCGCUUCUGAUGACGAGUACGAUCGAGGCGCAUAUGGCUACCGUCAUGGAGGCUCUGACGAUGAACAAUGGGAAUCAGAUCCAGACGAGUGGAGCGAUGGCGACGAUGCGAUGCAGAACCCCUGGAAGAAGUUUCCUUGGAUGCGCUCGACCCAAGGCACUGCUGCCGAACAAGAUGACGAAGAGCUCUGA